ACAUUCCCACAAGGAAGCACCCAUCACUGCGGUGUACUUCCCUCUUUACAGAUCACUUCAAAAAGUAAAGGCUCCAGAAGGAAACGUAUUUUGUCUGUGAAGUCGGAAUUUGAAGAAAACCUUUUUUUAAAGCCAUGGGGAUAUUAGAGCUCUUUCUCCAAUCCUCCAGCUCUAUCUCCCUGUUGGGGGCUCUGCUGGUCCUGCUGCUCAUCUACCUCAUCUCUUCCUCCAGCUUCAGCUCCCACAACGAGGGAAAGGAACCUCCAGGACCAAGACCGCUUCCAGUACUGGGGAACCUGCUGCAGCUUGACCUCGAGAGACCCUACAACACAUUACUGAAGCUUUCCAAGACAUAUGGAUCAGUGUUCACUGUGUAUUUCGGACCCCAAAAAGUGGUGGUCCUGGCUGGGUACAAGACGGUGAAGGCACUUGUCAAUCAUGGUGAAGAGUUUGGAGACCGAGCUGCAAUCCAAAUUGUGGAGGACUUUAAUAGUGGACAUGGGGUUUUAUGGUCUAAUGGUGAUUCGUGGAAGGAGAUGAGGCGCUUUGCUUUGACUAACCUGAGAGACUUUGGGAUGGGCAAGAAGGCGAGUGAGGACAAAAUCAUUGAGGAAUGUGAACACCUCAUUGAAGUAUUCAAGAAAUUUAAAGGUGAAGCUUUUGAUACGACCCAACCAAUGAACUAUGCAGUCUCUAAUAUUAUCUGCUCCAUUGUUUAUGGCAGCAGAUUUGAAUAUGAUGAUCCAGAGUUUACAUCCCUGGUAGAUCGAACAAACAUGAACAUUCAACUUGUGGGCUCCCCGUCUGUACAGGUGUACAACAUGUUUCCAUGGAUUGGUAAAUUGAUUUCUGUGAAGAGGGAAGUCAAUGCAAUAGGUGCUGCCAACAGGAAACAGAACUUACGGUUUUUCAGUCGUUUGAAAGAGACCCUCAAUCCACAGAUGUGCAGAGGCUUUGUGGACGCCUUUCUGGUCCGAAAGCAAAAUCUGGAGGAAUCUGGGAUUGCCAAUAGUCAGUUCAACGACAACAACCUUUUGCACACAGUUCUAAAUCUCUUUGCUGCUGGCACUGACACAACAGCAACUACGCUGAGAUGGGGACUUCUGUUUAUGGCCAAAUAUCCCAAAAUACAAGACCAGGUCCAGGAAGAGGUGAGCAGGGAGAUAGGAAGUCGUCAAGUGAAGGUUGAGGACAGGAAGAACAUGCCUUUUACGGACGCUGUCAUCCAUGAGACACAGAGACUGGCCAACAUUGUCCCAAUGGCGCUGCCUCACAAAACGACCCAAGAUGUCACCUUCCAGGGACACUUCAUUAAGAAGGGGACCACGGUAUAUCCUCUCUUAACAUCUGUCUUGUAUGAUGAGAGUGAGUGGGAGAGGCCACACAGCUUUUAUCCUGCUCACUUCCUGGAUAAAGACGGGAAGUUUGUCAAGAGGGACGCCUUCAUGCCUUUUUCUGCAGGUCGCAGGAUUUGUCUCGGAGAGAGUCUGGCCAGGAUGGAGCUCUUCAUCUUCUUCACCACCCUCCUGCAGCACUUCCGUUUCACUCCUCCUCCUGGAGUUUCAGAGGAUGAACUGGAUCUGACUCCACGUGUUGGCUUCACCCUCAACCCUUCACCCCAUAAACUGUGUGCCGUUUCCCUUAUGUGAGCAGUAGGGCU